CUUGGCUCAACAUAAUAAGUCAAUAGGUGUAAUAUUAUAUACAAUGCAGUGAAUUGGACAAACGUGGCCGUAGCUGCCAUGUUGGGUGUCAUCAUAAUUGCUCGGUUGUAUGCCAUGUAUCAAAAAUCUAGAAUCGUGCUUGUCUUCCUUGUUAUCAUUUUCUUGGCUGUCAACAUUGCCUGUGGAGUAAUCACGGCAAUUGGACUCAAGUCUAGCCCAGCGGAGGAGUUGAUACUCUCUGGUACACAUAUGUGUUAUUCUGCUGUGGACUCGGAGCAGCUUCUCAUUUCAAUAGUUUGGAUGCUCAACAGUAUUUGGGAGUUCCUUACACUGUGCCUUGCAGUCUGGAUUGUUGUAAAACAGUUCCGUGACCUGCGACGACUCAACUCACCGACAGGAUCGAUCAUUGGGGGCUGUUUUAGAGUGCUAAUACAAUCUCACGUGCUUUAUUUUGCAAGCUUCAUUGGUGUCUCCUGUCUUCAGCUUGUUACUCUUUCUCCAGAAAUAUCGAAUUCAAAUUCUAUUGGAGUUCGGGUACUCAGCGGUGCUAUUCAAAUUUCAUCGGUCAUACAGAUGUUUGUGCUGGGACCACGCCUCAUCCUUAGCGCUCGACAAUUUAACGCCAAACUUGUGGUCGACUCCGAUGCAGAAACUAGCAUGAAUUCGAUUGUCUUCCAGGAGCGUGUACAUGUAUCAACUAGCAGUACCAUUUAG